CGUGAAAUGAAACGUUAAAGUGAAUGUACCCAUCAGCAAAUGAAUGACAAAUUAAAAAGUUUUAUUUUUCUUAGAUUGGUACGAGAUUUUAUUGAUUGUUUUCUUUCAAGAUUUUCGGCCAGACGGCGACUGAAACUGCAAGUUACUGUGAUAUAUUUAUUUUCAUUAAUUAAAUAUUCUUAUUAAACCAAUUAAAUGAGCACGGAUAUCAAGUUAUGUCUAUAAGUAAUGGAAGGUACAGAACUGGGUGGCGACCAGCAAUUCUGUUUGAGAUGGAACAAUUUUCAAGCAAAUAUAACUUCUCAAUUCGAGGCGCUGCGCGAUGAUGAGGAUUUCGUGGAUGUCACUCUGGCGUGCGAGGGACACAGGCUCGAGGCUCAUAAAGUGGUUCUCUCUGCGUGUAGUCCAUAUUUCAAGGAACUAUUCAAAAACAACCCAUGUCCUCAUCCGAUAAUAUUCAUGCGCGACUGCGAGGUCUCCCAUAUACGCGCACUUUUACAGUUCAUGUAUGUGGGCCAGGUGAACAUCGCGCAGGCGCAGCUUAGUGCUUUCCUGCGCACCGCCGACGCACUCCAGAUACGAGGUCUCACCGACUGCUCACAACACAAUGACAAAAAAACAAACAGAAAAUCACCUCCAUCCCAAUUACGGAAUUUACUUAGCGCCAAACCGUCACAUUCUACCUCCUCCUCCAAAGCCGCAAGCCAAAACGUAGAGACCUCCCCCGUCGACGACCUCGACAAGAGCGCGAACCGCCGAUCCGAGAGAAAUUCUCCCGACGUUGCUAGAAAUAAUCUCAGCGAAGAAGCUUCCUUUCAAACUUCUAGUCAAACGAGGCCUAAUAACGACGACUUUAACCAAACUUGCACCUACCCCACUCUGAGGGUGAAAACUGAUCUCGAAGCGACUGAAUUCAAAAAUGAGGAGAACGACGCCGUCAUGGACCCGGGGGACGCGGACCGGGAGGAGAAGAUCGAGGACUUCAGCGCCACGGACCUACUGGAGCCCAAGAUGGAGGUCAUGGAGCAGGAGGCCAGUGACGAGGAGCGCUCCAACUUCCAGCAGAUGUUCUUCAACGAGAACAACGCCGUCGCGAACCCCUUCGCAGCUCUACCAGGUAACAUGGAUCUCAUGGCCGGCGUCAACCCGGAGCUCCGCGACGUCAACGCCGAAGGUGCGAGCCGGUGGGACGGACGGCGCAACCGGCCCGUGCCGGACGCCGUGUGGCUGGAGCAGCACCGGCGCGCGCUGCCCUUCGUCCUGAAGCGGGACAACGAGCGGGGAGGCCCGGCGCCCAGACUGAUAAAACUAGGCGAAGGAGUGGAGAUACGCGAGGAGCUGCUGCGUGGUGUGAAAUGGGGCGACUACCGCAAGGUGACUCGGGGGCUGGCGGCCGCGCUGUUCACGCCGAUAGAGCUCGCCACCUGCUCCGUCACCGGCCAGCGGUGGUCCCGGGCCGGGCAGGAGUCCAGACCGACAAAACCGCCGCUCGAUAGACGCAGAGUCCACGCGCUGAUAUCGUACGUAAGCAGACAUUUCCCCGACGUGGAAGUGUCGCGCAUCAAGCAGGUGCUCGCGUACAAGUGCAAGGAGAACUGCGCCGCGCUACGGAUGAGGACGGCCAGGUAA